CGGCGGAGGCGGCAGCAGUUGAACCGGGGAGCUGUUUUCUACGGCACGAGCCGAAUGGCGGACCGCGAGGCGUCGCCGAUACCGUUGGAGAUCCGAGCCCGGCUGGCGGAGCUGGAGCUGGAGCUGUCAGAGGGGGACAUCACUCAGAAGGGUUAUGAGAAGAAGAGGUCCAAGCUGAUCAGGGCAUAUGUUCCACAUGCUGGAGGUAUGGAAGGGCCCAUGUCUCACCGGGCCCCGCUCGGCCCUCCCUCUGCCGCCCGUUUCCACCGGCGGAGAACCUCCGGCACCAGAGAUGAACGCUACCGAUCAGACGUCCACACCGAGGCCGUGCAGGCUGUGCUGGCGCGACACGUGGAGAGGAAGGUGGCGGUGCCCAUGCCGUCCAAAAGACGCUCGCUGGUGGUGCAGACCUCCAUGGAUGCAUACACGCCUCCAGGCCUGUCCCCCCUGUGCUCAGACUCGUCGUCGGGCUCAGAGGAGGAGGCGGGGCCGGGCGACGACAUGUCGGGCAUGGAGCACUGGAUGAGCCGCCCGUCCCAGUUAGGCCCCGCCCACCUGGGCUCCACCUCCUCCUCCUCCUCGUCGACGCAGAGCGGAGGCAGCGGCAACGCCGGGCGGCUGGCCGACUUCGCUGGCGCACACGCACAUCAGCACCUGGCGCACACGCACCUGGCGCACACGCACCUGGGCCAGUCGCACCACCAGCAGAGCCACCUGUCACAGUCGCACCACGGUAUCGGCCACUUGUCUCUGAAGAGGAAGGGAGCUCUGAGUGUCGCAGAGAACGGAGGAUCUCUGCGACGAUCCUGCGAGUUUGGAUCUGACAUGCUGUGGCCCCCGCCGCUGGAGUCAGACGAGAACCACUCGGCCCCCCCGGAUGUGACAGGCUACUCGUCGGACUCGUCCCACUCCCACACCGAGCGUCACCACAUGGCCAAUAUGGGAACCAUUGCCAGGAACACACAGAAGUACGGCAACGCGGAGCGCAUGGAGACGGGCGACGGCGUCCCGGUCAGCAGCCGUGUGUCGGCUAAGAUCCAGCAGCUCGUGAACACGCUGAAGCAGCCCCGCAGACCUCCGCUGCGAGAGUUUUUUGUCGACGACUUUGACGAACUUCUCGAGGUCCAGCAGCCGGACCCCAAUCAGCCUCGGCCGGAGGGGGCGGAGAUGAUGCCGGUGCGAGGCGAGGCGCUGGGGGUGGUCACUAACUGGCCCCCCUCCCUGGAGGCCGCGCUGCAACGCUGGGGAACCAUAUCCCCUAAAGCCCCCUGCCUCACCAGCCUGGACACGGCAGGGAAGCCGCUCUAUGUGCUCACAUAUGGGAAGCUGUGGUCUCGCAGCAUCAAGCUUGCCUACAACAUCCUCCACAAACUGGGCAGCAAGCAGGAGCCCAUGGUGCGACCGGGCGAUCGGGUAGCGUUGGUGUUUCCUAACAACGACCCUGUGGCCUUCAUGGUGGCCUUCUACGGCUGCCUGCUGGCGGAGGUGGUCCCUGUCCCCAUAGAGGUGCCACUAAGUCGCAAGGACGCCGGCAGCCAGCAGAUCGGAUUCCUGCUGGGCAGCUGUGGCGUUACCGUGGCGCUGACCAGCGAUGCCUGCCACAAGGGUCUGCCCAAGAGUGCAACAGGAGAGAUCCCACAGUUCAAAGGUUGGCCCAAGUUGCUGUGGUUUGUAACCGAGUCGAAGCAUCUUUCCAAACCUCCCAGAGACUGGUUCCCUCACAUCAAGGAUGCAAACAAUGACACUGCUUACAUAGAGUAUAAAACCUGUAAAGACGGCAGCGUGUUGGGAGUCACAGUGACGAGGAUCGCUCUGCUCACACACUGCCAGGCUCUCACCCAGUCCUGCAGCUACACUGAGGCCGAGACCAUAGUGAACGUCCUGGACUUUAAGAAGGACGUGGGCCUGUGGCACGGCAUCCUGACGAGUGUGAUGAACAUGAUGCACGUGAUCAGCGUGCCCUACUCGCUGAUGAAGGUCAACCCUCUGUCGUGGAUCCAGAAAGUCUGCCAGUACAAAGCCAAGGUAGCCUGUGUGAAGUCCAGAGACAUGCACUGGGCUCUGGUGGCCCACAAAGACCAGAAGGACAUCAACCUGAGCUCGCUGCGCAUGCUGCUGGUGGCCGACGGAUCAAACCCCUGGUCCAUCUCCUCCUGCGACGCCUUCCUCAACGUCUUUCAGACCAAAGGGCUGCGGGGUGAGGUGAUCUGUCCCUGCGCCAGCUCCCCCGAGGCCCUCACCGUCGCCAUCAGGAGGCCAGUGGAGGACAGCAGCCAGCCUCCGGGUCGAGGCGUCCUGUCCAUGCAGGGUCUGAGCUACGGCGUGGUCAGGGUCGACACAGAGGAGCGUCUCUCGGUGCUCACCGUGCAGGACGUGGGCACCGUCACACCAGGAGGCUUGGUGUGUGUGGUGAAACCAGAGGGCGUCCCUCAGCUCUGUCAGACGGAUGAGAUCGGCGAGCUCUGCGUUUGCUCCAUCGCCACCGGCACCUCCUACUACGGCCUCACCGGCAUGACCAAGAAUACGUUUGAGGUUUACCCGGUGAGCUCCAGCGGGGGGCUGAUCAGCGAGUACGCCUUCGUGCGGACCGGCCUGCUGGGCUUCAUCGGCCCCGGCGGCCUCGUCUUCAUCACGGGCAAGAUGGACGGACUCAUCAUGGUGAGCGGGCGGAGGCACAACGCCGACGACAUCGUCGCCACGGCGCUGGCGGUGGAGCCGAUGAAAUUUGUCUACAGAGGCAGGAUAGCGGUUUUCUCCGUGACGGUGCUAAGGGACGAGAGGAUCGUGGUCGUGGCCGAGCAGAGGCCCGACUCCACAGAGGAGGACAGCUUCCAGUGGAUGAGCCGCGUACUGCAGGCCAUAGACAGUAUCCACGGGGUGGGUGUGUUCUGCCUCGCUCUGGUCCCGGCCAACACGCUGCCCAAGACUCCUCUGGGCGGCAUACACCUGUCCGAGAUCAAGCAGCUGUACCUGGAGGGCGGGCUGCACCCCUGCAACGUCCUCAUGUGCCCCCACACCUGCGUCACCAACCUGCCCAAACCCCGGCAGAAACAACCAGAGAUCGGACCUGCCUCUGUGAUGGUGGGGAAUCUGGUGUCAGGGAAGAGGAUCGCUCAGGCCAGCGGCAGAGAUUUGGGACAAACCGACGACAACGACCAGUUCCUGUUCCUGUCUGAGGUUCUGCAGUGGAGAGCUCAGACCACACCAGACCACGUCCUCUACACCCUGCUCAGCUCCCGGGGGGCGGUGUCCAGCUCUCUCACCUGUCUGCAGCUGCACAAGAGGGCAGAGCGAGUGGCAGCUCUGCUGAUGGAGAGAGGAGGUCUGCAGGAGGGAGACCACGUCGCUCUGGUCUACCCACCAGGUAUAGACCUGAUCGCGGCGUUCUACGGCUGCCUGUACGCCGGCUGCGUUCCCAUCACAGUGCGACCUCCUCACCCUCAGAACAUCUCCACCACGCUGCCCACCGUCAAGAUGAUCGUCGAGGUCAGCCACUCAGCCUGUGUGAUGACCACGGCGGUCAUCUGUAAGCUGCUGCGCUCCAAGGAGGCCACGGCCACCGUGGACAUCAGGAACUGGCCUCCUGUUCUGGACACAGAUGACCUGCCAAAGAAGAAGCCUCCAGCUCUCUAUAAGCCCACCAACCCUGACGGCCUGGCCUAUCUGGACUUCAGCGUGUCUACGACCGGCAUGCUGGCCGGAGUUCAGAUGUCCCACAAUGCCGUCGGAGCCUUCUGUCGGUCGGUGAAGCUGCAGUGUGAGCUGUACCCGUCCAGGGAGGUGGCCAUCUGUCUGGAUCCGUACUGCGGCCUCGGCUUCGUCCUCUGGUGUCUCUGCAGCGUGUACUCGGGCCACCAGUCCAUCCUGAUCCCCCCGGUGGAGCUGGAGUCCAACCCGGCGCUGUGGCUGCUGGCCGUCAGCCAGCUGAGGGUGCGAGACACCUUCUGCUCCUACAGCGUCAUGGAGCUCUGCACCAAAGGACUCGGCCUGCAGACAGAGGCGCUCAAGGCUCGGGGUCUUGAUCUGUCCCGGGUGCGGGCCUGCGUGGUGGUGGCGGAGGAGAGGCCCAGGAUGUCGCUCACACACUCCUUCUCCAAACUCUUCAAAGACCUCGGCCUUCACCCGCGCUCCGUCAGCACGGCCUUCGGCUGCAGGGUCAACCUGGCCAUCUGCCUGCAGGGCACGUCAGGACCGGACCCCACUACUGUGUACGUGGACAUGAGAGCGCUGCGCCAUGACAGGGUUCGGUUAGUGGAGAGAGGUUCUCCUCACAGUCUGCCGCUAAUGGAGUCCGGCAAGAUCCUACCUGGAGUUCGAAUCAUUAUCGCCAACCCAGAGACCAAAGGACCGCUGGGAGACUCGCACCUCGGAGAGAUUUGGGUUCACAGCGCUCAUAACGGCAGCGGUUACUACAGCGGUUACGGCGAGGAGGUCCUCCAGUCCGAUCACUUCAACUCCAGACUCAGUUUUGGAGACACUCAGACCGUCUGGGCCAGGACGGGCUACCUGGGCUUCCUCCGCCGCACCGAGCUCACCGACGCCAACGGAGAGAGACACGACGCUCUGUUCGUGGUGGGAGCUCUGGAGGAGGCCAUGGAGCUGCGGGGGAUGAGGUACCAUCCCAUUGACAUCGAGACCUCCGUCAUACGUGCGCACAAGAGCAUCAUGGAGUGCGCCGUCUUCCCUUGGACCAACCUGCUGGUGGUGGUGGUGGAGCUGGAGGGCUCCGAGCAGGAGGCCCUGGACCUGGUUCCCAUGGUGACCAAGGCGGUGCUGGAGGAGCACUACCUGAUCGUGGGCGUGGUCGUGGUGACGGACAUCGGCGUCAUCCCCAUCAACUCCCGCGGCGAGAAACAGCGCAUGCACCUCCGCGACGGCUUCUUACAAGACCAGCUAGACCCCAUCUACGUGGCCUACAACAUGUAGCCUGAGUGUGUGUGUGUGUGUGUGUGUGUGUGUGUGUGUGUGUGUGUGUGUGUGUGUGUGUAGGAGAGAGAGAGAGAGAGCGAGCAUGCGUCUGUAUGCCGUGCAUAUCGCCGUUGUUGUUCAUUUAUUUCCCAAAAUCCAGAUGUACUGUAUUUUUGAACCUGCAUAUGGUGUGGUCUUAAGUCGUCCGUUUUCUUUAAAGUCGUGUUGUGCCGGUUGAUUGAUUGAUUGAUUGAUUGAUUGCUCAGUGGUGGUGUGACCUUUUUUUACUUUAUUUUAUUUUAUUUUUUCUCCACCCCCGCUCAAUCUCGUGACCGUUACCAGGAGCUCGUCACUGUAGAAAGCCUUAGGGGAACACUGUGUACGGGGCGGCAGCUCCGGGUCGUUUUUCAGAGGUUUUAGGAGGUAAAAGUAGAGAGAGAGAAACACUAGAGGCUGUAUCUGACGUCAUGUUUCACUGGUCGACUCGAAAAAUCCCAGAUCUGUGGUAUUAUUUCAAUUAGAACAGGGGCAGCCAGAUUAUUGUAAAAAUAUAAAUAUUGUACAUAGACAUAAUAAUCUAUAUGGAGAGGUACCUAAAACACGGUGAGGUGUAGUAGCCCCUAUAUGCAGCUCUCUCCACCCGCACCCUGUGUGUGUGUGUCUGCAGAGUGUGUGUCUCUGUCUGUGAGUGUGUGUUCAUCUGUCCGUGUUCAUGUGCGACAGGGACAUUUUACCUAGUUUCAAUGUGAAUCUAACGCUGAUUUCAAACAGAUUUGAACCCUUCAGACGAUCAGAUGAGGAGAUUUUUUUAUAAGGGGACUGGAAACGCUCAGAUCACAUAAACAAGAAACAACUGGAUGUGUGUUUUCAGUGUCCCAGUGUGCAGUAAAAUCACACCUCAAUGCAACUUUUCUAAAAUCUGGUUCAGUUUUGAAACGCCGAAGAACAAAAACAGCCUUUUUCUUAGCAUCACUCAGCUCUUUUUGACUUAUUUAAAGGCAAAAUCUGUUUUUAAAAAACUGCGUCAAUAAGAGUUUGAGCUCGUCUUUCUGUAAACCUGUAAGAAAGGAGAGAAAUUCAGUGUAAUUCAGUCCCUGCAACAUCCAAAGCAUUUCACCAAGCAGAGUGCACUGUGUGUAUAUAAAAGACAGAGUAUUAUGAAUAUUUAAAGGGAAACAGAGUUGGAACUCGUCCUCAGUGAAGUGUCGCUGCAGAUCAGAGACGCAGGUGACGUUUUAACGCAACGAGAGAAGCUGGUGAAGCUUCAGAGUCACUUUCAGAAUCCAGAUGCAAAGUUAACGGCAGCAACAUCUGGAUGUUGUCGGUACUAAAGGGAUAAAAGUUUACAGAGAGAAGCUCCUCUUGUAGCAAUAACGCCUGAAGAGGACGUUCUUCACUGCAGCGAGUCAGGUUCACUUCUUUAUCUUAAUAUUAAACCACGUCAUUUUAGACGAGAGGAAAAAUCAGACCGACUGAAAUCAAACACGAGAGGAUUUGUAAAUGUAAAAAGUCCUGAUCCAUUCGUUUCUACCAGAAUCCUCAGUGAAGAGCGUCCUCUGGGCUUUGGUACAACAGCUACCAGCGUGUGUGCACUAACUGCAGAGUUUCCUCAGAUACUGUGAGGAUAUAUAAGAUUUAAGAUAAAGAACUAUAUUAAAAGAUUUAAAGGAAAUCAGUUUAUGCCCACUGGGUGUAGUGAGUAUCAGCACUGAACCUGUCAGACCGUCAGGUUAGAAAGAAAACUUUAUUUAGAAUAAUCCAUGCACAGUGCAUCCUUUUGUUUACAUCCCUGUGGAUAAAGUUUCCUGUGGCUUCAUCUCAUCCUUCCUCGUUUUGUCUCAUCGUCUUUUUUUUUUUUUUUUUAAUCAUCGUUUUUAUCAGAAGAAGAAGAAAAAAUCUUUAUGCAUAUCAGAAGUUGCUUAGCGCUUUGUUCGGCUAUCUUAGCAGUUUGGGUUCGUUGGUAGCAGCGUAGCGGUCAUGUUUCAGUCCCUGUGUGUGUGAGAGAGUGUGUGAGAGUGUGUGUGUGUGUGUGAGAGAGAGAGAGAGAGAGAGGUGGAGGACGUUCGACAACAAGAAGGAAAUCCCAUCAGAAACCCAGAAGGACUCGACUGUGUGUGUUCAGGGCUGGAUGGGAGAGAGACUGCACGGUGUGUGUGUGAGUGUGUGUUAGGUGUGUGUGUAUCUGUGUGUGUGUGUGUAUAUUGUAUGUAAAUAGUGUUGAUUUUGUACGGUACAAGUGUGUGUGACUUGUUUUGUACACAUGAUAAAAAGAUUAAAUGACACUUUUAUAAGAGCCUGCUACUGGCUCACCGUCACACUAUACAGUGCAAUAAAGUGCUUUGAUUGGCUAAAACUCA